CUGAAACCGGGAACCAGUCUACCAGUCUGGUUGUCUUGGGUAGGAUGCGCUUGCGCUAAAUUGACAAAAUGACUGAGGCGAUAAGCUGGGCCCCGUCUCUCAUAGCGCAAGUGGACGACGCGCAUAGGGUGCCGGGAACCAGCUUACAAUGGCGGCCUCCUGUCAAAAAACAUGAACUCAAUAAGUUGUGGAUGUAAUUACUGAAGAAAGACGCCAGAGCCGGUGUGAACACCAUAAAAUCCACAAGGUAAUAAUGGAAGUACAAAGCCAACCACAGAAUCCUGUCACUGACACAUGUGUUAUCAUGGACUGCAAGAGAGAAUUGCUGGAAACAGGUGAGAUCAAGAAAGAGCCUGAUACUGAAACAGGUGGAAACACUGACUGUGAGAGAGAAUUGUUGGAAACAGGUGAUCUGAAGAAAGUACCUGUUUCUGAAACAUGUGUAGUCAUGGACUGUGAGAGGGAAUUGGUGGAAACAGGUGAUCUGAAGAAAGAACCUGUUUCUGAAACAGGUGGAAAAACUGACUGUGAGAGAGAAUUGGUGGAAACAGGUGAUCUCAAGAAAGAACCUGUCACUGACACUGUAACCACUGACUGUGAGAGAGAAUUGGUGGAAACAGGUGAUCCCAAGAAAGAACCUGUUUCUGAAAUAUGUGUAGCCACAGACUGUGAGAGGGAAUUGUUGGAAACAGGUGGUCUCAAGAAAGAACCUGUUUCUGAAACAUGUGUAGUCAUGGACUACGAGAGAGAAUUGAUGGAAACAGGUGAUCUCAGGAAAGAACCUGUUACUGAAACAAGUGUAAUCACUGACUGUGAAAGAGAAUUGCUGGAAACAGGUGAUCUCAAGAAAGAACCUGUCACUGACACUGUAACCACUGGCUGUGAGAGAGAAUUGGUGGAAACAGGUGAUCCCAAGAAAGAACCUGUUUCUGAAAUAUGUGUAGCCACAGACUGUGAGAGGGAAUUGUUGGAAACAGGUGGUCUCAAGAAAGAACCUGUUUCUGAAACAUGUGUAGUCAUGGACUACGAGAGAGAAUUGAUGGAAACAGGUGAUCUCAGUAAAGAACCUGUUACUGAAACAUGUGUAAUCACUGACUGUGAAAGAGAAUUGGUGGAAACAGGUGAUCCCAAGAAAGAACCUGUCACUGACACAGGUGGAAACACUGACUGUGAGAGAGAAUUGCUGGAAACAGGUGAUCUCAAGAAACACAGAGAUGGUGGUGGUCCAGCAAAUCAGUCUAAUCAGUGUAGGGUGUGCGAGAAAACAUUUACUCGAUCAGGUGAUCUUCAGACACACAUGAAGAUUCACAGCGGAGUCAAAUCUCAUCAGUGCGGUGAAUGUGGGAAAGGAUUUACACACUCUUGUAACCUGCAGAAACACAUGAGUAUUCACAGUGGGAUUAAGCCUUAUCAGUGUGUUGAAUGUGGGAAAGGAUUUACACGGUCAGGUUACCUGAAGUCUCACAUGAACACUCACAGUGGAAUCAAGCCUUAUCAGUGUGGUGAAUGUGGGAAAGGAUUUCUACACACAGAAAGCCUCAAGUCACACAUGAUGAGUCACAGUGGAAUCAAGCCUUAUCAAUGUGGUGAAUGUGGAAAAGGAUUUGUACACUCAGAUAGCCUGAAGUCACACAUGAUAAGUCACAGUGGAAUCAAGCCUUAUCAGUGUGGUGAAUGUGGGAAAGGAUUUGUACACUCAGAUAGCCUGAAGUCACACAUAGUAAGUCACAGUGGAGUCCAGCCUCAUCAGUGUGUUGAAUGUGGUAAGAGAUUUACACACUCAAGUAAUCUGCAGAAACACAUGAGAAUUCACAGUGGAAUCAAGCCUUAUCAGUGUGUUGAAUGUGGGAAAGGAUUUACACAAUCAUGUAACCUGCAGAAACAUCUGAGGAUUCACAGUGGAGUCAAGCCUUAUCAGUGUACUGAAUGUGGGAAAGGAUUUACACAGUCAAAUAGCCUGAAGUCACACAUGAGUGUUCACAGUGGAGUCAAGCCUCAUCAGUGUGCUGAUUGUGGGAAAGUAUUUACACAAUCAUGUAACCUUCAGAAACAUAUGAGGAUUCACAGUGGAGUGAAACCUUAUCAGUGUGUUGAAUGUGGGAAAGGAUUUACACAAUCAUGUAACCUGCAGAAACAUCUGAGGAUUCACAGUGGAGUCAAGCCUUAUCAGUGUGUUGAAUGUGGGAAAGGAUUUACAGACUCAAGUAAGCUGCAGGAACACAUGAGGAUUCACAGUGGAGUCAAGUCUUAUCAGUGUGAUAAAUGUGGAAAAGGAUUCCAACGUUCGAGUAACCUGAAGUCACACAUGAAGAUUCACAGUGAAGUCAAGUCUUAUAAGUGUGUUGAAUGUGGGAAAGAAUUUACACACUCAAGUAACCUAAAGUCACACAUGAGGAUUCACAGUGGAGUCAAGCCUUAUCAGUGUGUUGAAUGUGGGAAACGAUUUAAACGCUCAAGUCACCUGACGAAACACAUGCGGAUUCAUAGUGAACUCAAGCGUUAUCAGUGUGGUGAAUGUGGGAAAGAAUUUACACGGUCAGAUUGCCUGCAGUCGCAUAUGAGAAUUCACAGUGGAAUCAAGCUUUUUCAGUGUGGUGAAUGUGGGAAAGGAUUUAGACGUUCACGUGACCUGGAGACACACAUGAGGAUUCACAGUGGAAUCAGCCUUGUCAGUGCAUUGAAUGUGGGAAAGGGUUUACACAAUCAAAUAACCUGAUGAAACACAUGAGGAUUCACAGUGGAAUCAAGCUUUAUCAGUGUGGUGAAUGUGGGAAAGGAUUUACAGGUAGCCUGAAGUCACACAUGAAGAUUCACAGUGGAAUACAGUCAUACCUCGUUAUCUCGUACACAUUAACAGUUUUGAGAUGCGCAAGUAUCUAGUACCUUACUCCCCGCAUCUAACAUCACCACAGUAAAAGUACAGGGCAAUUUAUUCCAGAUGCUCGACCAGUGAUGUACUUAUCUUUUAAUCCAAUUAUAAUCUUUAUUGUCAAAUAAAAUAUCGUUAGUAGACAUGAGUAAACAUGAGUGAAAACAUGUCGGCACUUCCAGGUUAUGUAAAAAAAUCCUGAUCAAAGUCGGAUUAAAGGAAUCAAAGCCGUGUGACACUACACACAAUAUCCAUGCUGUGAAUUAACAAGCUUGGUGUGAGAGUGGCACUUCUUUGUUUUUGACAAACUAUGCCUAAUAAGGUACAUGUACACAGUACAUAAUUUGUCACAAUUAUCAUUAAUCAUUGCUGGUGAAAUAUGUUUCAAUUUUCACAUACACAUAAUUUCUUGUGUAUGCAGUCGUAUGCUACGUAUCUAUAAUAUUUUUACUUGAUCUGUCUGGAUGUUCAUUCCUUGAUACCUGAAAGUUACAACAUGUUCUGGGGGCGGUCGGGUAGCCUAGUGGUUAAAGCGUUCACUCAUCACGCGGAAGACCCUGGUUCGAUUCCCGACAUGAGCACAAUAAGUGAAGACUAUUUCUGGUGUCCCCGCCGUGAUAUUGCUGGAACAUUGCUAAAAGCGGCGUAAAACCUUACUCACUCACUCAUUCACUUCAACAUGCUCUGCUAGGUUUGAGGUAAGAGGUUUCCACUGUAAAUUGAUUGAAUUAAGUGGAUUAAAUAUCAUUGGUGUUAUGAGUGUGAGAAUAACUGUUUAAUGUAUACAUUACAUCUGAUAAAUGAUCAACCAACAUAUUAUCAGUUAUUCCUUUAAUCCAUGAAUGGGCUUUUGACUACAAGAGAUUGCUGUUUUUGUGCUGCGUGUGUGCGUGAGGCUUUUACAUUGUGUAUGUCUUGUACCGCUGUACUUUAUAUCAUGAUUGUGAUGGGUGAGACCCUAAUAAACAAAUUCCCUCUC